AUGUGGGAACGAUACAAUGCUAGGCGACUACAGCUUAUACCGGCACAUCUCUUCACAUGUCGGAAAAACGAAAUCGGCAAGGUAUCACCACAAAUAUUCAUAAAGAAUCACGGCAAGGUAGCACCACAAACAACCCCAAAGAAACACGGCAAGGUAUCACCACAGACAAUCCCAAAGGAACACGACAAUGUAUCACCACAAACAGUCCCUAAGGAACACGGCAAGGUAUCACCACAAACAUUCCCUAAGGACAAGGGCAAGGUAUCACCACAAACAUUCCCUAAGGAACACGGCAAUGUAUCACCACAAACAGUCCCAAAGGAACACGGCAAGGUAUCACCACAGACAGUCCCUAAGGAACACGGCAAGGUAUCACCACAAACAGUCCCUAAGAAACACGACAAGGUAUCACCACAAACAAUCCCUAAGGAACACGGCAGGGGAUCACCACAAACAAUCCCAAAGACACAUGGCGAGGUAUCACCACAAACAGUCCCUAAGGAACACGGCAAGGUAUCACCACAAACAAUCCCUAAGGAACACGGCAGGGUAUCACCACAAACAAUCCCAAAGACACAUGGCAAGGUAUCACCACAAACAGUCCCUAAGGAACACGGCAAGGUAUCGCCACAAACAGUCCCUAAGGAACACGGCAAGGAACACGGCAAGGUAUCACCAAAAACAAUCCCAAAGACACACGGCAAGGGAUCACCACAAACAAUCGCAAAGGAACACGGCAAGGAAUCACCAAUAACAAUCCCUAAGGAACACGGCAAGGUAUCACCACAAACAGUCCCUAAGGAACACGACAAGGUAUCACCACAAACAAUCCCUAAGGAACAGGGCAAGGUAUCACCACAAACAAUCCCUAAGGAAGCCGGCAGGGUAUCACCACAAACAAUCCCAAAGACACAUGGCAAGGAAUCACCACAAACAGUCCCUAAGGAACACGGCAAGGUAUCAUCACAAACAGUCCCUAAGGAACACGGCAAGGUGUCACCACAAACAAUCCCAAAGACACACGGCAAGGUAUCACCACAAACAAUCCCUAAGGAACAGGGCAAGGUAUCACCACAAACAAUCCCUAAGGAAGCCGGCAGGGUAUCACCACAAACAAUCCCAAAGACACAUGGCGAGGUAUCACCACAAACAGUCCCUAAGGAACACGACAAGGUAUCACCACAAACAAUCCCUAAGGAACACGGCAGGGUAUCACCACAAACAAUCACAAAGACACAUGGCAAGGUAUCACCACAAACAGUCCCUAAGGAACACGACAAGGUAUCACCACAAACAGUCCCUAAGGAACACGGGAAGGUAUCAUCACAAACAGUCCCUAAGGAACACGGCAAGGUGUCACCACAAACAAUCCCAAAGACACACGGCAAGGUAUCACCACAAACAAUCGCAAAGGAACACGGCAAGGUAUCACCAAUAACAAUCCCUAAGGAACACGGCAAGGUAUCACCAAAAACAACCCCAAAGCCACACGGCAAUGUAUCACCAUAA